AUGGGAACAGAAGGCAUUGCAGCCACAGUCAUCGAGGACCCUGAACCCUCAAUUCCGCCUGGAUUUGGACCUUUCGCUUCCCCGGCAUCAUGGGGAAUCCAAAACGAUGUUAAACCUGCUGAUGCUCAUUCUAGUUCUGAUUUAGCAUUACAGAGCAUCGCCGACGAUGUGGAAAUUUUGGAAUGUCUAUCCAGUUCAGUGGAUCGCCAGAGUGACACAGGUUGCAGUAUUUCUAGGAGCAAUACCUGUAAGAAAUCACUGCGCAAUAGACCUCCAAUAGAUUAUAGCCGCUUUGAUCAGAUUGCAGGUGAAGAUUCUGAUGCUGAAGUAGCAGACAAGGGUGUUAGUUCAGUGAAACAUAGACAACAAUUCCCUAAAGGAGUACUUCGAGGAUGUCCAGACUGUGCCAAUUGUCAAAAGGUUAUUGCAAGAUGGAAUCCAUCUGGUGCACGUAGGCCUGUUCUUGAUGAGGCUCCUGUUUACUAUCCUACCGAGGAGGAAUUCCAGGACACCUUAAAAUACAUUGAGAGUAUCCGCCCAACGGCAGAACCAUAUGGAAUAUGCCGUAUUGUUCCACCAGCUUCAUGGAAGCCUCCAUGCCUUCUUAAAGAGAAAAACAUUUGGGAAUGCUCAAAAUUUUCUACUCGGGUACAGAAGGUUGACAAGCUCCAAAAUCGUAAAUCGUCCAAGAAGAGCAGAAGAGGUGGAAUGAUGAAGAAGCGUAGAAAGAUUUCAGAGACUGAAGAAAUCAAUCACAAUCAAAUUGGAAUGCAGCAAAACCAAGAGAAAUUUGGAUUUGAACCAGGACCAGAGUUCACGCUACAGAUGUUUCAGAAGUAUGCAGAUGACUUCAGUGAUCAGUAUUUUAUGAAAGAUAAAUGCAGAGAUUCACCACCGUCAGUGGAAGAUAUUGAAGGCGAGUAUUGGCGCAUAGUUGAAAGGCCGACAGAAGAGAUAGAGGUAAUAUAUGGUGCCGAUUUGGAGACUGGAACUUUUGGCAGCGGGUUUCCAAAGUUAUGUCCUGAAAUGAAAUCUGAUGUGGAGGAUAAAUAUGCACAAUCUGGGUGGAAUCUAAAUAACUUGCCUAGACUACAAGGUUCAGUUCUUUCUUUUGAAGGCGGCGACAUUUCUGGUGUUUUAGUGCCUUGGCUUUAUGUCGGCAUGUGUUUUUCAUCUUUCUGCUGGCAUGUUGAAGAUCAUCAUUUGUACUCACUGAACUACAUGCAUUGGGGUGCUCCAAAGGUGUGGUAUGGAGUUCCAGGAAAGGAUGCUGUGAAUUUGGAGGCUGCAAUGAGGAAACAUCUUCCUGAGUUGUUUGAGGAGCAACCUGAUUUGCUUCACAAUCUAGUUACUCAGUUUUCACCAUCAUUGCUUAAAUCUGAAGGAGUACCAGUCUACCGUUGUGUUCAGCAUGAGGGAGAGUUUGUCCUGACAUUCCCAUGGGCAUACCAUGCUGGUUUUAAUUGUGGCUUCAAUUGUGCAGAAGCUGUUAAUGUGGCACCCAUUGAUUGGUUGCCAGUUGGACAAAAUGCUGUUGAGCUUUAUCGUGAACAAGCUCGGAAAAUAACUAUCUCCCAUGAUAAGCUGUUGCUUGGGGCUGCAAGAGAAGCAAUAAGAGCUCAGUGGGACAUCUUAUUUCUCAAGAGGAAUUCUGCUGAUAACUUGAGGUGGAAAAGCAUAUGUGGACCUGAUAGCACAAUAUGCAAGUCACUGAAGCUUCUGGCUGUCCAUGCUCCCCAGAGAAAUAUGCUUGCCUGGUACAUGCAAAGCAGCUUUGCUCAUGUGAUUGGAACAAAAGGGGGAAAGCUAAGUGCCAUUCACAGAUGGGGUGUCUCUGAUCUUGGAUUAAGUUUGAGCUUGUGUGUCAAACGGGAAAAGGUCCAAGAUUCCAAGACUGUUCGCAGAUUAACUGAUGGCCCAAGACGGUCCUACAUGUCACAGGCAUCAACAGUAUCGUUGGUUCCUUCUUCUGUUAGCACUGAACAGAAAAGCAAUGAAAAUAAGACACUGGAUUUAGGUUGUCCAGGUGAAUCCACGAGAAGUGCGCAUGUCUUGGCAGUAUCUAAAGAGAGUAGAGAAACCUCUUCCCGAACUGGAGACUGUACAUCUUCACUUACACUUCGGGAGUAUCAUAACAGGCCAGUGUCAAUGAUUGAUAAUGGAGCUAACAUGAAGCCAGAUCUGGAAAACUUAGACAAUUCUCAUAGUGCCCACCUUGGGCAUCCAACUGUUGGUAAUCAGCAACUAAAUGAGAGAUGGCAUCAAAGACAAUCUGAUUCUCUAUCCAGUGUGGAAGUUAGAGCUAGGGGCCAUUCAGCUAUGGUAGUGCAGCCUGCUCUGGAAAAUCACAGCAGAAAUGGAGUUGCACAGAAGGGUCCUCGCAUAGCUAACGUUGUACAUAGAUUCAAGUGCUCUGUUGAACCUAUAGAAAUUGGUGUUGUACUAUCUGGGAAGUUGUGGUCCUCAAGUCAAGCAAUCUUCCCAAAAGGGUUUAAGAGCAGAGUAAAAUACUUCAGUGUUGUAGAUCCAGUACAAAUGACAUACUACAUAUCUGAAAUAUUGGACGCUGGACAGCAGGGACCUCUUUUUAUGGUGACUGUAGAAAACUGUCCUGGCGAAUUUUUCAUAAACAUCUCUCCUACCAAGUGCUGGAACAUGGUUCGUGAAAGGCUUAAUAUGGAAAUAAGGAGGCAGCUCAAUAUGGGAAGAGCUAAUCUUCCUACACUACAGCCUCCAGGAUCAGUUGAUGGUCAUGAAAUGUUUGGGUUGUUAACACCAGCAAUAGUUCAGGCAAUUGAGGCUCGGGACAGAGAUCACGUCUGUACAGAGUACUGGCGAUCAAGGUCCCAUGUUACAAUUGAGAAUCGAGACAAUCAGAAUAUGCCACCUCAGGAUCCAUUGCUUAUUGCACUGAGGGGCUCUUCCAGCGGCUAA